AUGUCUACAGAGAAUAAGAGAAAUGCUCGACAGAGCAAUGACACAAGGAGUGGCUCUUCCGAAAUUUAUUCCAGCGAGAGAUAUGACUCAGCGAAUGAUGUCAAGGUGGUAGGAGGAAGCCAGGAUCAGGUUGUGGAAGAGAUCAUAGCUAACCGAGUGGAUGCAAAUGCUGAGGUCAUCACUGAUAGAGGAGUCUACCGGGUUGAGGCACUCAAGAAGUUGUUGUAUUCUCAUGAAAACGGGCUCAGAAUGAGAAUCAUCUUGGGUGUUUCUGUGCUUUUGUGUUCUUGGGCUAUAUCGUUGGACUGGUCAGUUACUAGUAACUUGAGACCCUGGGCUACUUCUGAUUUUGAGCAGCACUCUAUGGGCCUUGGUGCCCUUUCUGUAGCCGUCCAGCUUAUUACAGCCGUUUCCAAACCCGUCUGGGCAAGAACGGCCAAUAUUGUUUCACGUCCAGCCACCUACUUGAUAUCCUUGAUCUUUUACGUACUCGGUUACAUAAUCGUUGCUUCCAGUACCACAAUCUCAGCGUAUAUUGUCGGUUCUGCCUUGUCAGCUGCCGGUGAGUCUGGCGUGGAGUUCUUGAGUCUGAUAAUUGUUGCCGAUAUGACAUCUUUAAAAUGGAGAGCUCUUGCAACAUCCACUUUGAGUACACCAUAUAUCAUCAACACAUGGUACGCCGGCCACAUUGUGUCAGAUUUGGGACCCACAGGCUGGAGAUGGGGUUACGGAAUGUUUUGCAUUAUUGUGCCUGUGGUUCUUGCUCCUGCUACCACGAUCAUGUUCUAUUACGAGAACAAGGCCCAAAAGAGUCUUGAUGUUAGCGAGAAAGGCCCAGACAAGGAUAUCAUCUUCAGAAAGAACUGGAAAAAGCUCUUUUGGAGAGUCUUGGUUGAGGUUGACAUCUUGGGCUUGCUUUUGUUGGGCUUUGCGUUUGCAUUGAUUUUAUUGCCCUUCUCGCUUUACAGAAAUGCUGAAAACCAAUGGAGAAACCCGAGUUUGAUAGCUAUGCUUGUUGUUGGUGGAGUACUUCUUAUCUCCUUCUUUGUUUAUGAAUUUGUCUGGGCUGCAUUCCCAAUCUUGCCUAGAAGAUGUGUGAACCGAACUUUUGUCGGAUCUAUUAUAAUCACCUUCUUUUUUCAACUCGCCGGUAUGGUUCCACUCACGUACUUAUCGUCAUAUGUGUGGAUUGUGAAAGACUGGAGCAACCAAGAAUGGACCUACUAUAACAACACUUAG